GCUACGGCGCUGGGCACGGUGGGGAAGCAGCUGGUCAGCUACUCGGCCCGCCUGCAGCAGGGGCCCCACGCGAGGCGCGUCAAGGCGUCGGGCCUCCUGGUCACCACUGCCCUGGGACCUGUUGCCGACUCAAUGGCCUACGCGCUGGCGCCGCAAUCGUUCAUCGCUCCGUUGAGCGGCUUGGACGUCGUGUGGAACACGCUGUCGGCCCCGUUCACGCUGGGAGAGCAGUUAACUUGCGCCCACGUCGUGGGCACCGUGCUGGUGACGAUUGGCGCGACGUUCACAGCAGUCUUCGGGCCGCACGAUCAUCCACCAGCGACCUUAGAUUUGCUCCGAGAAAGGUUCGUGAGUUGGUCUUUUUUGGCCUACUCUGGCGUGUUUUUCGGCGGGCUGUGCGUGAGUAUGCACGCACUGCGGAAGUACCCAAAGGGCAGCACUAACAGGGCUCGCGCCUUAGCACUGGGCGGCACCGCUGGCUGCAUCGCUGGGAACAUGAGCUUCUUGAGCUCGGCGCUUUCUGCCCUGUCGGGCGCGAUCCAGACUGGCGACUGGUCGGCGUGGAGAACUCCAUUGCCAUACAUCUUGGCCGCAGUGGCGGUCGCAGUGGCGGUGUCGAAUAUACCGCUCAUGUCGCGCGCCUUGCAGGAGUUCGAGGCCCUCUUCGUAGUGACUCUCUUCGAGGGCAGCCACAUCAUGGUGGCGUGCAUCUCUGGCAGCGUGGUGAACCAGGACAUGGCGGACGCAGAGUGGUGGAGGAUUUGCUGCUAUUGGCUGUCCGUCGUCACGAUCGUUGCGGGCCUCGGCGCCAUCCAGACAACCUCCGCCGGCGCUAUCCAGCGAGAAGGCUUACAGCGAGACACCCCUGGCGGUCCGCGAGCCCAGCCCGCCCGGUGA